AUGGAUGCAGUGCCUACAAUAUUUAUUGUUUCAAUCACGGCUUGGGUGGCUGCAAUGGUCUAUGCGUUGAUCCGAGACUCGAAAACCGUUCAUGUGUUGAGACAAGUUCUAGUAGAAGCGGAUCAACGGCAUCGCCUCACCGGCAUCACCGUCUUUGAUGGAGAUUGGGGAGUUCACAAGUUUCCGCGCAGCCCAAACCAAGCACGAAUAGGGAGUCAAUUGGAUGAUAUCUUCAUGCCCAAGUAUACUGCAAAUCUACUGGGAGAGCUUGGCGCAGCACGAGUCAGUCCAGAAGGACCGGACCCUUACUGGCCACCAGAAGAACGGCCUGGGUAUCUGGUCCAUGCCCACUGUUGGGCGCUAUUCGACCAGUUGAUUGAAGGGGGCAUUACGCGCAUCGAGGCAAACCUCGACAUCUUUGUCCAGGCAGCACAACACUUUUGGCAAAAAGAUAGAUUGCGAGACACGCAAGACUUUCGCACCCGAUGGUCUGAAAUGCCAUCAAAUUCAGAUUCCCCCGGCCAGUCUGAUUCUGAGAUAAAAAGAGCGCUUCGUAACCUGCGCGAAAUCUGCCAGAAUCCACUGUUUGUGCUGAAGCUCGAAGAGGCCAUCCAGCGAAAUCAGAAAAGGGGGAAAGUACACCUACACACCGGAUUCCGUAACUUUCCACUAGAUCUCGCGAUGCUGAUAAUUGACACGGUAUGUCCGGCUGACAAUACCGCGAUCGAGAUCCAAAAUGCUCGCAAUUUGCUCGAGGCCUUCCAAUGGACUUUACCGGAUAGCUACUGGCAAAAGCGAUGUGAUUGCAGCCUGCUUUUCGAGGUCAAGAAGUUGAAGAAGGCCAAAACACAGCUAGAUUGGCAGGCUCUUGGACUCGAUCUGAUCAGCCUUCUCGUCGAAGACGAAUUCACUAGUUGCCUGAGAAACCGCGAGCGCGUCCUUUUAUAUAUGGACCAUAUUAAGAGGAGAUUUAUCGAAUUAGUGUAA